AUGACUAAUUUGGACAACGGUAGUACUUUGGAGCUGAACCUUGUUUCAGACUCUAACCCUGGAGCUCCCGGCAAAGCGGUAAAACAGGGCCGGGGUUGGAGAGAGAAAAAGAAGAGAAGAAACCAGAAACGAGGGAAAUCCGGUACGCGUGUUCACACCACUCCAUCAAAACGACGCAAACUAGAGUCAGACUCAGAUGACGACGCACCACCAGACUUGUUACAACCUAACCAUGGUGUCAAAUCACCAGUUAAAGACAGUCCAACGGUUCAGAGGACAGAAAAUAAGUCUCCACCUUCCACCUUGUUCAAGAAGAAAGAAGUAAGGUUGUCUCAGUCUAAGAAAAGGGAUGUGAAACUUUCUCCAAGUCCAAGAAAAGCUGACUCCACCACGGAUCUUGGAGGAAAGUUUCCCCAGGGGAAAGGUGUCAUCUCUUCACUUUUCAGAUACAACCCAGAGAUACCCGUGGUGGCACAGGAAACAAUCCAGGAGACCAAAGAAGAAGUUUUCUCUGCAGACAAGUUUGGGGACAUCAACUUACAUCCAUUCAUGAUAAAAAAUCUUGAGGAAAAUCUGAAGGUGACCAAGACAACCAGUGUACAGAAGGAGGCCAUUCCUGUGUUGUUGCAGGGAAAAGAUGCGCUGGUGAAAUCUCAGACUGGGUCAGGAAAGACCCUUGCCUACAGCAUCCCAGUUGUGCAACGUCUACAAGCCAAGAAGCAGAAAAUACUGAGAUCUGAUGGUCCAUAUGCCAUAGUCCUGGUGCCAACAAGAGAGCUGGCCAUACAGACUCAUGAUGUUAUCCAGAAACUAGUCAAGCCAUUUUGUUGGAUCGUACCAGGCUGUAUCAUAGGGGGUGAGAGGAGGAAAGCUGAGAAGGCCAGACUACGGAAGGGCAUCAACAUCAUCGUGGCCACCCCCGGCAGACUAGUGGACCACAUCCAGAACACCCAGUCUCUUCAACUGGGCAGGGUGGAAUGGCUCAUUCUGGAUGAAGCAGACAGGCUGCUGGAUAUGGGGUUUGAGAAGGACAUCCGUGCCAUCCUGAGUGGUCUGAAUGACAAGAGAGGUUUCACUGUCAGACAGAAUGUCCUGCUGUCUGCUACACUGUCAGAAGGAGUUGAGAGACUUGCAGGCAUGAGUUUGAACAACCCUGUCAAGAUCACAGUUUCUAAAGCCGACAUUCCCUCAGAGAAAAAACAGACAAGCUCAGAGGAGGACAAGGGUACAGAGGAGACAUUUGUGACACCGGCUGAACUGAAGCAGCACUUUAUUCUAGUCCCCAGCAAGUUACGACUGGUGACACUAGCUGCUUUCAUUUUGUGGAAAUGCAAGUUUGGCAGCCGUGAGAAGAUGUUGGUGUUCCUGGCCACACAAGACUCUGUAGACUUCCACCACCUUCUCCUCAACAACAUCCUGAAUGGUGAUGAUGAUGAUGCAGAGUUUGGUGGAUCUGACAUCACCUUCUCUCGUCUCCAUGGCAACAUGACACAGCAGGAGAGAACUGAAGUAUUUCAGCAGUUUCGGGAGGCUAGGAGUGGAGUUCUACUCUGUACGGAUGUUGCUGCUAGGGGUCUCCAUUUACCCAAAGUCAGCUGGAUUGUACAGUACAAUACUCCUGGGUCAGCGACUGACUACAUCCACCGUGCAGGGCGGACAGGGAGGAUCGGUGAGCAGGGUCACACUCUCCUGUUCCUCCUGCCUUCUGAGGUGGAGUUUGUCAAGGUGCUGGCUACAAACAACAUCAGUAUGGAUGAAAUGGCCAUGGAUGAGGUACUGAAGACAUUAUACAUCCACUCCAAGGAUUCAGGCAAAAAGAAGACAACAAAGGGUUGUUUUGAUCACGCAUGUGGUCCUUUUGUGUCGUCUGUCGCUGCGGUAUUUGUGGCAAUACUUCAGUCUGCUGAUCAAAGACUGAUGGCGACCCUCCAGGAAACGCUCGCUAAACACGACACUUUGGAUCGGAAUGCUGCGCUAUCUCUGCAACCUUCUACAUACACAAGGCUGGCGACACUAGGGCUUUGGUUACUGAUGGCACAGCCGGGAGCAGCCCAGCAAGCGGUACAAGAAGCAGCCACGUCUCUGCAGAUGUCGUUUGAAAACUAUGUCCUCUCAGACCAGGACAAACUUGCCAUGGCCAGGAAAGCGUACCAAUCCUUCAUCCGAGCGUACGCCACGUUUCCCUCCACCCUCAAACACAUCUUCCACGUGAAGAAGCUCCACCUCGGACACGUCGCCAAAAGUUUUGGUCUGAGGGACGCUCCGGGGGACAUCGGGAAUCUCGUGGCCGCGUCAAAAUCUAUAAAAAAGGCAGAGAGUCAAAGGAAAGCCUCCAAGAGUCAGAUGUUAAAGGAUGUCAGAAAGGGUCGUCCACAGGAAAGAAUCCCGAUUUUCCGGCGCGCAGCUCGAGGUGGCGAGAACAAAACGUGUUGUUCCAUCUCCAGACCGACUCCCGAUGGUUCUCUCCACAGUUCCGACGGUACGCCAGGAAAUUGA